AUGGCUCAGUUCCUCUGGUCCAAGUCCUUCAGAAAGCUCAUCGAAGGCGAUGGAAAAGCUGUUCUCGUGACCGGUUGCGACACGGGCUUCGGAAACUUGCUAGCCAAGCGGCUGGCCCACGAAAGUUUCUUCGUGUACGCUGGCUGCCUGGACGCCAAUGGUGACGGUGCUCGCGAGUUGUCCAAGAAUGCGAGCAUUCAGGUUCUGCAAAUGGAUGUCACGAAUGAAGACCAAAUCGAGACCGCGCUCGUCUCAAUCAAGAACACUCUUGGGACUAGAGUCCUUUGGGCUGUAGUUGCAAAUGCAGGCGUACCUAGUCACGGGCUACUCGAGUGGGAGAGCAUGGCAUCGAUACGAAAAGUGUUCGAGGUCAACGUGUUCGGUGUAGUCAGCGUGGCCAAGAAAUUUCUACCGCUGCUUAGGGGGUCCAAGGGUCGCCUCGUUGUCGUCUCUAGUGUUCUAGGUCGCGGCACCGUUCCUGCGGGCGUAUCUUAUUGCAUGAGUAAGCACGCUGUCAUCUCAUUGGCUGAUGGACUGCGCCGGGAGUGUCUCGGCAAAGAGGUUGACGUCUGUACCAUCGAACCUACUGCGUACAGAACACGGAUCGUGGCGGACGUGGGAUCUUUGAAGAUGGUCCGCGACGACCUGAGUCGUCUACCUGGCGAGGUGCUGGAUGACUACAGCGAGAGUGAGAUACAGGAAUGGAUGAAUACGGCCGAGAUUCUUUUCAAGUGGAUGGCCCGCGAGGACCCCAACGAAGUGGUCGAACAGAUGGUGCGUGCUAUCAGGGAGUCCGAGCCAAAGCCGUACUACGCAGCCUGGGGGCCCUUCGACCCCAUCUUCUACUUUGUGCUUCGGGAAGCACCCGCUGAGUUGGUUGACGCUCUCAGUUUUGCGGUGCGCAAGAUCAGCAGAUUAAGGAAAUAG